UCUCGCGCUCGCGGAGGAUCAGAGGCUCCAUAUUUAGACGUCGCGAGUUUCGCUGAGGCUCUGAGUGUCAGAGGAACCCCGAGAGAGAGAGAGAGAGAGAGCGAGAGAGCGAGAAAGCGAGAAAGCGAGAAAGCGCGAGAGAGAGAGAGAGAGAGAGAGAGAGAAAAUUCAACUCCCAGCUUAUUUCACGCCACCGCCGGGGUAAACCGGAGGGAAUACGCGCUAUCGAAAAGCCUCGCUCCCCGAGGACGGAAUUCAUGGAUGAACGGGCCAGGGACCUUCUCCUCACAGAUGGGAUUGUAGUUAGCUAGUUAGCUCGGCCGCAGAAGCAGGCUAGCUAUGUCGAAGAGCGGAGGCGACAUCAGUUGACUUUUACUCGCUGUAGCGUCAUUACACCUCAACAAACCGCCUCGGUCUUUCCAAAGACGCGUUUCUGAAGGCGUCGCCGUCACAGAAACAGCUAUUCGGGACUGUAUUCGGGGAGGUUGAGGGGAACUUCGCGAUUUAGCUUGCUGGCUAGCUGGACGUCACCUCAGUCUGUCAAACGAACCUGAAAUCCGGGGACGGAACCGGACAGAGACCUCAUGAAUGGAAAUCGGAACUACAGGAGCCGUUGGGGCCCAGGCCCUGUUCUCCGUGCCUCGGCGGCCCGGUUAUGGCACCGUGGGGAAACCCAUCAAGCUGCUGGCCAACUGCUUCCAGGUGGAGAUCCCAAAGAUGGACGUCUACCUGUAUGAGGUGGACAUCAAGCCUGAGAAGUGUCCACGCCGUGUGAACAGGGAGGUUGUGGACUCCAUGGUGCAGCACUUUAAAGUCACCAUCUUUGGGGAUCGAAGGCCAGUUUAUGAUGGGAAGAGAAGCCUCUACACCGCCCACCCUCUGCCUGUGGCGCCUGCGGGGGUGGAUCUGGACGUUACUCUGCCAGGGGAGGGGGGUAAAGACCGACCCUUUAAAGUCAGUAUUAAGUUCGUAUCCCUGGUGAGCUGGCACCUGUUGCACGAGGUACUAACGGGUCGCAGUAUGUCCGAGCCGCUGGAGCUGGACAAGCCAAUCAGCACCAACCCAGUUCACGCUGUGGACGUGGUGCUACGCCAUCUACCCUCCAUGAAGUACACACCCGUGGGGCGCUCGUUCUUCUCUGCCCCGGAGGGCUACGAUCAUCCUCUGGGUGGAGGCAGAGAGGUGUGGUUCGGCUUCCAUCAGUCUGUCCGGCCGGCCAUGUGGAAGAUGAUGCUCAACAUUGACGUGUCAGCCACAGCUUUCUACAAAGCACAGCCAGUUAUUCAGUUCAUGUGUGAGGUAUUGGACAUCCACAACAUCGACGAGCAGCCUCGGCCACUCACAGACUCCCACCGAGUCAAAUUCACCAAAGAAAUCAAAGGUCUGAAGGUGGAGGUGACACACUGCGGGACCAUGCGGAGGAAGUACAGGGUCUGUAAUGUGACCCGCCGACCCGCCAGCCACCAAACGUUCCCUUUGCAGUUGGAGAACGGCCAUACAGUAGAACGAACAGUAGCUCAGUAUUUCCGAGAGAAGUACAGCCUGCAGCUCAAGUAUCCUCACCUGCCGUGUCUCCAGGUGGGCCAGGAGCAGAAACACACCUACCUGCCCCUGGAGGUGUGUAAUAUUGUAGCAGGGCAGCGGUGCAUCAAGAAACUGACAGAUAAUCAGACGUCCACCAUGAUCAAAGCCACAGCUCGAUCAGCUCCAGACCGACAGGAGGAGAUCAGCAGACUGGUGCGUAGUGCUAACUAUGAAGCAGACCCGUUCGUGCAGGAGUUCCAGUUUAAGGUGCGAGACGAGAUGGCCCACGUGACGGGGCGUGUGUUACCUGCGCCCAUGCUGCAGUACGGGGGCAGGGUGAGCUCAGAGCACUUUAUGGUACCCUUCCCUUCAAUCACCCACAUCUCUCUGUGUCUGUCUGUCUGUCUGAAUGAACUGGAGGAACUAACCGCUCCUAACCGCUGCUGUGUGUGUGAGACCGUGUGGAAUAACUCCCAAAUAAACUAGCUCACAGUGAUUCUUCUCCAGUUAUGCACGCGUAUGCACCGUUUUAAAAUGAAAGGAUAUUUAUUAUCAUCUAGUUAGGCUGUGGUCGGAGAUCGAUGCUUUUUAAAUGUCAGGAAAAUCAAAGGUAACUCAGCGUAACAGCGGAUGAAGACAGUUGUAACACUUUUAUACGAUAUUAAAAGUUAUAUACAGAUAUAUACUCAAGUACUGCAUUAAAGGUCUACAUUUUAUAGGAUUGUGUUUAGCCAUAAAACAUACUCUGUCAGAUAAAGGCGCAAUCAAUAUAAC